AUGGAAAAUUUGGAAGAGUUGCAGGAUUUAUUACCGAAAUAUGAAGAGAUUGAAGAAAUUUUACUGAAAAAUCCUGAAGCGAACUAUGUCAUAUCAUUAGCCUUGAAAGUAUUGAAGGAUAUCGUCCGAGAUUUGGAUAAAACAAGUGAACAGUGGGAAGAGAGCUCCUACUUAAUACAAGCGUUAGUGGACAAAUGCUGGGAAAGUAUUCAUACCGAUCAUUUUAGUAAAAUUCCUUUAUACGUAAGGCAAAUUUAUAGUAUAGCUUGCUACUUAAAAAUUUUCUUUUUAUUACUAGAAAAUAGGGAAUUAAAGCAAAUUGAAAAAUGCAGUAAAAUACUGGAUGAAGCUCUGCUUAUAGGCUAUUCUCAAAAACUUUAUGAGAAUGGCGAUAGAUUGGUGGAGAAGUUAAUGCAGAUCUUUAAUGAUAAAUUGAAUUUAGUUGAGGAUUUAAAAUUGCCAAUAAUAGAAAAUCCACCACGCGUUAAUGCGUUAUGUGAUAUACCAAGAUUAGAAUGUCCUUCUGUAGAAGUAUUUAAACGCGGAUAUGUUGAACGAGAACAGCCUGUCUUGCUGCUUAACACAUUAACCGAAUGGCCAGCUCUAAAAUUAUGGCCUGAUUUGAAUUACAUAUUAAAACUGGCUGGAAAUCGUAUGGUGCCUAUAGAAAUCGGUUCCAAUUACUCAAAUGAAGAAUGGUCGCAACAACUAAUGAAAUUGCGCGAUUUCCUAGAAAGACAGUUUUCAACAAGUAGCGGGAUAUCGUCGCGGAAAGUAGAGUAUUUAGCUCAGCAUGAACUUUUCGAACAAAUUCCUUUGCUUAAAAAAGAUUUCAAUGUGCCGGAUUACUGUUCUUUGCGCUCAUCUAAUACUGACGUAGAUAUAAAAGCUUGGUUAGGACCGGAGGGGACUGUGUCGCCACUUCACUAUGAUCCUAAACAUAAUUUGCUUUGUCAAGUUUUCGGGUCGAAACGUAUUAUUUUAGCCAGUCCUAAAGAUUCCCAAAACUUGUAUACUCAUGAAAGUGAAUUUCUUAAAAAUACCUCUCAAAUCGAUGCCGACGCUGUCGAUUAUCAGAAAUUUCCUUUAGUAGCAAACGUGAAAUUUUAUUAUUUAAAGCUGCAAGCGGGGGACUGUUUGUAUAUGCCUCCCAGAUGGUGGCAUUAUGUAAGAUCUCUAAGUCCUAGUUUUUCGAUAAGUUUUUGGUGGGAAUAAAAUAGCUAUGAAGCAAGAAGACCAAUUAACUAAAUGUACUACAAAAUUUUUAAGUUGCUUAUCUAAACUGUUAGUAUGCGGGCCCCAGGCUUGAUUAGAUAAAUAAAUGUUUCAAUUGCUUUUAUCUAUAUAAUGUAUUUAAUCAAUGAAAAUAAAAUUUCUAUUUCAUUUUUUGUUUGACCCUUAAUUUGUGCCGUUAUAUCGACUGGAGCUAUU